AUGUCUACCGCAGAUGCUACUAUCAAUACCAACACGGGCAAUCACCCCGUCGAUCCCUACAAGACGCAGAACUUCGAAGACCCGCCUCUCCCUCAGAAGAUCGAAGAGCUGGUUGAAUUUAUCAACCAAGUUAAAUUCGGCAUGCUGACAACCAAGCAGUCAGAGGGAGAAUUCCUGGCCUCCCGGUGCAUGGCAUUAGCCGCGACGGAGAACGGCGGCAUCGACCUCAUUUUCCACACCAACCUCUUCUCUGGCAAAACAAUGGAUCUUACCGUGCACCCCAAAGAAACCAACAUGUCGUUCCUCGAUCCCAUUAGUGGAGCCUGGGCCUCCAUCUCCGGCACUGCAUCAGUGAUUGGUGAUCCCGCUGUUGUGAAGAAGUAUUACUCACCCGCACUCAAGGCAUGGCUUGGUGAUAUGGGUGAUGGUGUGCACGAUGGUGGACCCUCCGACCCCCGGAUUGGUGUUAUUAAGCUCGAGGCCAAGUUGGCCACGCAUGUUGUUGCGCACAAGGGCCUACUUGGCCGUGCCUAUGAAACUGUGAAGGGUGCUGUGCAGGGCCGUGUUCCACAUGUCAAUGGCAUUCGGGAGCUGAGUUUGCAGGAGUUUGCAGAGUGUAUUAUUCUUCGUCCCCCUCUUGAGAUCUUGGGCUAA